GUAGAAGAAUCAGGUCGAGGAGAAACAAAAUUUGGAAGGGAGAAGAGAAGAAUCUGAUUCAUAGAGUCAGGUGAACUAUAAUAUUUUCCUGGGAAAGAGUGUGUUAUCAGCUAAGAUGAAGGGACGUGUUCAAUGGGAUGAAGCUAAUAUAGUGGAAAUUGAAUCCAACAAACCUGUAAGACAGAAGAUUACCGAACCAAAGACACCAUAUCACCCAAUGAUUGAUGAUGAUGGUUCUCUGUCUCCUAGAGGAAGAUCAUUUGACAACUGUGUUGAUGAAAUCCAUCGUGCAGAAGAACUAAGGAAUGUUCUGAAUGAUGUAGCUUCUUCCAGUAAAAAUUUCAGCCAGAGAUCCGAGUCUGGUGGCUGGAGCUCGUCCGAGGAUGACACAGAUCCAAUGGAUGAAAAUGAAGAUUCUGUUAUUGAGAAAAGUGAAAGUUUCAAAGAACAUAGACGGGCACACUAUGACGAGUUUCGAAUGGUAAAGGAGAUGAGAUCCUCUGGGUCUUUCUAUGGUGAAGAUGCAGAAGUGGAUGAUGGCACCAAAAUAGGUAAAUCCGAGGCAACAAUCUCACAAAAAACUCCCGGUGUUAAAGGCUUGGAUAGAGAAACAGCUCAUAAUGAUGCAGAUUCAAUAUCGCCGAGGAAGUCAUCUUCGUCCUCCAGUUGAUUCAAAACUCAGACUGAACCAAUUUGUCACUACGGUGUUAUUCUGUAUCGAACACAAGUUCUAACUGUCUAUUUAUUCUGCUUUGUAACAAUUUGAGUCUUUCAGAAAAAGAAGGAAGAAAAGAAAAAGGAAAGAGUAUCCAUCACAUAAAAACUUAAUCCGGAGGAGUCUUGGUUGGAAAAGCAAAUUAGGACACAAGCCAAUGUUAAAUUUCAUACCGAAAAAAAAAAAAA